AUGAAUGUUAGUCGUCUGCUUGAUCAACUGAUCGCAAGUCAUGAUCGCAGAAUUAGACCAAAUUAUGGUCGAGAACCAAUCGAAGUAAAUGUUACUAUUCAUGUUACUACGAUAAGUGCUAUCUCAGAAGUUUCUAUGGAUUACACUGUUGCAUUAUAUUUACGUCAGUUUUGGCGUGAUAAUCGUUUAGCAUUUAAAAGUGCUAAUGAGCAGGAAUUAACAAUCGGAAUUGAUUUAAUAAAAAGUAUUUGGGUUCCGGAUACUUUUUUUCCCAAUGAAAAGAAAUCAUUUUUUCAUGAAGCCACAACACAUAACUCUUUUUUACGUAUCGAUAAUCACGGAAAUGUAUUCCGUAGUAUUAGGCUUACAGUAACAGCUAAUUGUCCAAUGAAUUUACACAGUUUUCCAUUGGAUGUUCAAAUUUGUGCUCUCGAACUUGAGAGUUAUGCAUACAGCACCCGCGACAUCAUAUAUCAUUGGCAUUUGGGUGAGAAUUCGGUGACAAUCGAUGAGAAUGUACAUUUAGCUCAUUUUACAAUUGGUGACCACAGACAUGUCGAACGGGUCAUUUCGCUUAGUACAGGAAACUAUUCACGACUUUCUACUUAUUUUACAUUUAAACGAAAUAUUGGCUUCUAUCUGAUACAAAUAUAUUUUCCCUCUUCAUUAAUUGUUGUCAUUUCUUGGAUAUCAUUCUGGCUAAAUCGUGAUGCUACUCAAGCCCGAGUUGCUAUAGGUGUCACCACAGUACUAACAAUGACAACAUUGAUGACCUCAACAAAUGCCUCAUUACCAAAGGUAUCAUACGUCAAAAGUCUUGAUAUUUUUCUUGGAACUUGUUAUUUCAUUGUUUUUGCAUCAUUACUAGAGUAUGCAACGAUAGGUUAUCUAAUGGAACGAUAUCGAAACUCUCUGGUGGACAAUAGAGCAACCGCAACAACUUGCUUUUAUGAAUUAACCGAAAAUUCACCAAUCAUACAAAGAAUUCGAGCAAUGGAACUUAGAAAUUACACUUUCAAUAAUGAGUCUGAAAAUGAUUUCGAAGUACCAUUAUUGAUAAGAAGAUCAAAGAAUCAAUUUCGCUUGAGGUCAGCUAUGAUCAGAAUGUCAGCUAAUAAAUGUUUAUGUAGUUGUCUGAGGAUACGACCAUCACAGGUUGAUCUCAUAUCGAGAAUUCUAUUUCCGACAUUUUUCGUUGCUUUUCACAUUGUUUAUUGGACAGUUUAUCUAUAUUUUUGA